GGGUCACAACGGCGCAUGCGCAUUGAGCGCCAGAUCCGGUGGUGGGGGAGGUGGAGGAGGAGUCCGAGCUUCAGGGACGCGCGGCACCUGAUCACCAUGGCGGCGACAGGAGGGAGCGGGCUUGAGCAGAAACGUGGGGUUAGUGAUGGAACGAACAGGAGGAGAAAGGGUCCUGGACCCAUCGCCACCGCCUACAUGGUUAUUUAUAACGUGGUGAUGACGGCCGGGUGGCUAGUUAUUGCGGUUGGUCUGAUUCGAGCUGGGCUGGCCCGGGGCACCUAUCACGGUCUCUACUAUUCCAUUGAAAAACCGCUGAAGUUCUUCCAAACAGGAGCACUGCUGGAGAUCCUUCAUUGUGCUGUGGGAAUUGUUCCAUCCUCUGUGGUCCUAACUGGGUUCCAAGUGAUGUCACGUGUAUUCUUGACAUGGGCGGUUACACACAGUGUGAAACAGGUGCAGAGUGAGGACAGUGUGCUUCUGUUUAUUGCUGCCUGGACACUUACGGAGAUUGUGCGUUAUUCCUUUUACACUUUCAACCUGCUGAACCAUCUGCCCUACCCCAUCAAGUGGGCCAGGUACUCAUUGUUUAUUGUUCUGUAUCCGAUGGGAGUCACAGGGGAACUUCUGACCAUAUACGCUGCCCUGCCUCACGUUCGAAGGACUGGCUUGUAUUCUGUGACCCUUCCAAACAAGUACAAUGUCUCCUUCGACUACUACACAGUCCUGAUAAUGGUCAUGAUUUCCUACAUUCCAAUUUUUCCCCAGCUCUACUUCCACAUGCUUCGCCAGAGGAGGAAGGUCCUGAGCACUGCCGAACACAGCAAGAAGACUGAGUAGUUGCUGCCACCUGCUAGGGAAAUGGGCAUUGGUUGAAGGGUUUUUCCCUCAGAUCGAGAAGAUUUCUGUUCCACUGAAUUGUCACUGUCUGAUGAACUCCAAUGUUUUUCAUUGGGCCCCUUGGUGACUGGUGUUUGACAUAAAGAUUCUGUGUUCAUUGCACCCAGCCACAUGAAUUUAGAUUGUACUGUCAACGUGUUGGGUCUGGAAGAGGUUGGAGUAGUGAUGGAAUUCCUAUCUGCUUAUAAUCACAGUCAUAAAAUAUCCUGGGGAGUGCUGUCUAUCAGAGUGCGAGUUCUGUGUGCCAUCCUCUUCAGUAACAUUUUGCCCCAAUUGUGUUGCAUGGUGUAGCACAUUUCCAGAGACUGAAGAGCAAUGAAUCUCACUCUCAGCCGAUAUAUCGUUGCCGAUAACUGGACUCAGAACAACCGCUCAUUUGCUGCUCAAACAUACUUUAUUUUACUUAUGCACAAGGAGAACAGUAUGGCCUCUGUCACCACGCUCUUCUGAAGCUAGGACAGAAAAAUGCUAUUCUUAUAUGUACAGAAUUGGCUUAUCAGUUACGAUAUUGACCAUUUGGUAAAAUAUGUAUGUUUGAAUUCCUUACUUGCAACAUCAGUCACCAUUCACAAUAGAGAUGCUAAAAGUCAAUAGAAAGUACAAGCUGACAACCAAUGAUACAUGGAAGUUCGUAAAACAAUUGUCCCUUAGGUUUUGGGUGUGUUUAGCAUCCUUCUAUUAUUUUCCUAACUCAUCUGUCUACAGUACCCCCUGCUGUGUAAGGGGAAGCUAUCUUCUUCAAAGAGCAUUCCAUUAAAGGUCUCUCUUCAGAAGCCCACUUAUCUAGUUAUUGGCAAAGCGUAUCUCAUCUGCAGUGAGUAGAGGUGCUCUGGUGGUCUCACUUCAAAGGACUGGGUUGACUAUAAGUGCCUCAGCCUAUCCUAGCCUGAACAUUGUCCUUAACACUUGGCUUACCAUAUCUCCCACAUUUGUAAGUAGAAAUCUUGCAGCAGAUAACCUGUCAAAUGUCAGUGGUGUGGUCCAAUCCUUUCUACUGCCAGAUACUGUCAAAGAACUGGCAGUGGUUGUUCGUUGUCUAUCGCUGUCACUUGCAUCAGCAUCAGGAUAGGAUUUGGAGAUAUCCUAAAAAUGAAAUGGUCACAAUAGAAGCCUGCCAGAGCUCUGCACUGUUGCACAGAUAAGCAAGCAGUAGCACACAAUCCUGCUGCUCGUUGACUCAAGCCUGGUUGAGUUGUCAGUUCAGGUUGGAUGCAGAUGCUGGAAUCUGGAGCAACAAACAAUCCACUGGAGGAACAGUGCGCCAAGCAGUAUCUGUGGUAGGAAAGGAAUUGGCCACGCUUCUGGUCCUAACUCCGAAGCUUCAGUAGUUCCUUUUCUCCCUUCAGAUGCUGCUUAGCCCACUGAGUUCCUCCAGUAGAUUCUUUGGUGCUUCAGGUUGGAUGCGUACCUGGAAUCAUCAUGUGACCUCCUGCUCACUGCUCCCUGACCAUUCAACACAACUGCAUAUAGUGGUGAAACAUCUCUCUCCACCAAGAAGCACCAAGCCUCUUUAUUCCCCAGUGGAUAUUCUUGACCACCUGAUAUUUUUAUAACAGCCAGUAUUCAGUGGAAAAUUUUUAAAUUCCUAUUGUUUAUAUUCUCGUGAAGAUUUUCAUUUCAUAGGACUUCAGAGUAAACCUGAAAAGUUAGCAGCCCUAGGCUGUGUAUCACUGGCCAUAGUUUAUAUUUUACUUACUUACUAAAGCCCAUCGCCCCUACUGGGGCAUAAGCCAUGGACAGCAGCUUGCCAAAGUCCUCUGUCCUGGGCCAGUCCUUCAAGUUAUCCCCAAGCGUUCGGCUAAGGUCCUUUCUCACCCAGGGAUGAGGUCCCCAGAGCCUUUGGAGUGCUUUUGUUGCUCUGGGUUUUUACAGGAUAGGGUUGCUAACCCCAUGCUGAAUCCUUCUCAUUUUGCAUCGGGGUUGGGACUGUCCAUGGCAGCAUUAUCAUACUCUUUCUUUGUAGGAGCCUUAUUCAGAUUCUCCAUUGUUUUCUGUUCCCUUCGGCCUUUUUCCCAUUUCCCAGCAGCAGGCAAAUGUUGAAAAUAUAAUUCCUUUACACCCUACUUUGAUGUCAGAGUUGAAGAAACACAGCAACAUGCAACUAGUUUAGAGGAACCCAGUUUGGUCGAUAUUUUCUCUAGCAGUGUUGACCAACCCAGAUGUUAAAUGCUCAGUUUACAUUCAGACUGCACUGCUAAUUCCUCCCCAGGUUUUUUAAGCAACUCCCAAGGGCUCUAAUCUGUUAAUAAAAUUUUUAACUAAAGGUCUAUGAACUAGGCUGGUUCAGCCCUUGCUACACAGACUCUCAGUUCUUUUGUAUGUUCUGGAUUUUUUUUUGUAAUUAACAAUAUUUAAACUCUUAGGCAUUUCAAAAAUUUUGCAUGGGUGUAUUUGUAAUGAAAUUUUUUUGCAAGCAUAUCUUGGUAGUUGUGUGGGGCAGGGGUUGGGGUGUAACAAACAGGAUUUUGUGACUACUGAAAAUUAUCCACCUAUUUGUAAAUCAUUUAUGAAAUUAGCAUGAUUUUCAUUAAUGCACAUUAUGUUUUCCUAAACUAAUGUCCCUAUUGAAAAGUGCAUGUUUUGCAGUCCAGUUGCCAAGCCCUGCAGAUGAAGAUGCACCUGGGAGCAGGACAUCUUUGCUUUAAUGUGCACUCACUGGCCACUUUAUCUGGUACACUUGUAUACCUGCAAAUAUCUAAUCAACCAAUCAUGUGGCAACAACUCAAUGCAUAAAAGUAUGUAGACAUAGUCAAGAGGUUCAUUUGUUGUUCAGAAAAAUGUGAUCUAAGUGACUUUGGCUGUGGAAUGACUGUUGGUGCCAUAUGAUCUCAGAAACUGCUGAUCUCUUGGGAUUUUCAAGCACGACAGUCCAGUUUGCAAAGAAUGGUAUGAAAGACAAAGAAAAUAUCCAAUUCUGUGAGCAAAAAUGCCUUUUUAAUUAGUGAGCUCAGAGGAGAAUGGCCAGACAGGUUCAAGCUGACAGAAAGGCGACAGUAAUUCAAAUAACUGCGCGUUACAACAGUAGUGUGCAGAAGAGCGUCUCUGAAUGCAACACGUCAAACCUGAGCUACAGCAACAAAAAACCACACUGGAUUCCACUCCUGUACCUAAUAAAGUGGCCUCUGAGUUUUUUUUUUAAUUGUCUAGCUGACAAAAUUGUAGAUUAGAUCCAGAGUUUAAAGGAAAUUUUCUUGCAUGAUAUUGCAGAUACAGAUCAGGUCAAAGGUCCGUGUUAAUAAACUUGUGAAAUAGCAACA